AAAGCUAGCUCAAUAAUUGACAAAUAAGAAAGCUUCUGAAAAUUUCGGAUUUUUAUUGAUUCAAAGUAUAUUUUAAAAGAUGAUAGUGUUUUAUUAAAUUUAACAAAUAUAUUUAAUAUUUUAUAUUAUUUUAUUAGAGAAUAUAAAAUGUUAAGUGCUGCUGGAGCACUUCAGAAACUGGGAGUCACACUUCCGGUUUCGGAAACACGAGAACAAAAAACCGGUUUCUGGAACCUCUUCUCCAGAUUUCAGCUCAGUGCUGAGGAGAAGGGAAAAGCUAUUAAUAACAAUACAGGAGGUUUGAAAAGACCCGAAAAGGUUCUGGUCGGAGGAGGAAGCGGAUUUAUUGGUGAGGAGGUGUGUAUGAGACUAAGACGAGCAGGAUUCGAAGUCAUAAUUAUCUCUCGAUCUCCCGGUCAACACAAGAUAACCUGGGAUUCUGUCUACAGGGAGGGAUUACCUACAGGAACCAAGGCAGUGAUUAACCUGGCCGGUCAGAAUGUUUUAGAUCCAUUCAGUCGUUGGUCUCCAGCGUUUAAAGAGCUGUGCAGAUCCAGUAGAUUAGAAACCACUAGACAGCUUGCAACAGCUGUUCGUCUUGCUCCUGAUGCAUCGAAACCUAAGGUAUUUGUAGCUGUUACCGGUGUCGGCUACUAUGCUCCGGACCAGGAGAAGGUUUAUGAUGAGGGUGGAGCUCAGGGCUCAGACUGGUUAGCUCAGCUAGCUGGGGAGUGGGAGGCGGAGGCUAAACAAAGUGGGAUCAGGACGGUUAUUCUCAGGCCAGGCGUAGUGUUGGGACGGAACGGAGGAAUGAUAAAACAGAUUUAUCUCCCGUUCUUCCUGGGACUAGGAGGAAGAAUGGGAUCAGGUACUCAACCUCUACCCUGGAUACAUGUCAAGGAUCUGGCCGGACUUAUCCAUCAUGCUGUGGAGACUGAAACUUUGGAAGGGGUUUAUAAUGCUGUUGCACCCCAGAUAAUUACGAAUAAAAAAUUUGUUGAUACUCUCGCUGGAACCAUGGGGCGUCCUGCCUUCAUCCCUAUCCCGGAGUUUGAGUGGAACCUUAUCUUCGGAGAAGAACGUGCGGCUAUGAUCACCAAGGGGCAGAAGGUUGUCCCCUCAAGGAGCCUGGAGGCAGGGUUCAAGUUCAGGUUUCCGACCAUAGAGGAGGCGUGCUCAGAGUUCGCCAAGUUUCCAUAUUUAGAUAAUGAUCUUAGUUCAAUGGAUUAAUCAAAUGGGAGUUCGCCAGGUUUCCUUAUUUAGAUAAUGAUCUUAGUUCAAUAGAUUAAUCAAAUGGGAGUUCGCCAGGUUUCCAUAUUUAGAUAAUGAUCUUAGUUCAAUAGAUUAAUCAAAUGAUCCUAGUUCAGUGGAUUAAUCAAAGAUUUUUAAGUGUUUCUAGUUUAUUAUUAUCCAUAGAAUAGUAGAUGAGAGUUUUAAUUAAAGAAAUGUGAUAAUUUGUUUGAUAACUAAAUUUAUUUAAUGAAGG